CCAGGCACGCACCUCACACACGGCGAGGAGGUCUAUCCCGGCAAAAACGGGCCGCGCUCGUGUGACACGGCGACGGAAGGCUUUAUAAACGGCAGCCGACCACACGACAGCAUCAUGGCCGCAGCGAGCCCCGCCAAACGCGCCAAGAAGGAAGACAACGGAACAACCAUGAAGGAGGCGUUCCCAGAUGUGCAGAAGAUCGCGUACCGGCCGGACGCGCCGCCGGAGGAGGUGCUGGUCUUCCGGCACUACAACGCCCGUCAGGAGGUGAUGGGACGCUCAAUGGAGGAGUGGCUGCGCUUCUCGGUCUGCUACUGGCACACGUUCCGCGGCACGGGGCUGGACCCGUUCGGCGGUGCCACCAUCGACCGGCCCUGGGAUGACGGCUCCGAUAGUCUGGAGAACGCUAAACGCCGCCUGCGCGCCGCCUUCGAGUUCUUCUCCAAGCUCGGAAACAAAUACUGGACAUUCCACGACCGUGACAUCGCGCCAGAGGGCGCCACGUGGCAGGAGACGAGCAGGAACCUGGAUGAGAUGGUGGAGCUGGCGGCCCAGCUGCAGAAACAGCACGGCAUCAAGCUGCUGUGGGCCACCUGUAACCUCUUCUCCCACCCGAGGUACAUGAACGGAGCCGCCACCAACCCGGACGCGCACGUGUUCGCGUGCGCCGGCGCCGCGCUGCGCAAGGGCCUGGACGUGGCGCACAAGCUAGGCGCCGAGAACUACGUGUUCUGGGGCGGCCGUGAGGGCUUCCAGACGCUGCUCAACACCGACCUCAACAAGGAGCUGCAGAACAUGGCCAACUUCUUCAAGAUGGCCAUCGCUUACAAGGAGAAGAUCGGCUUCAAGGGGCAGCUGCUCAUCGAGCCGAAGCCGAAGGAACCCACCCGACACCAGUACGACUAUGACGCCAUGACCGUCAUCGCUUUCCUCAAGACGUACCACCUGGACAGGCAUUUCAAGCUCAACAUCGAGCCCAACCACACCAUGCUGGCCGGGCACAGCUAUGAACACGACGUCGUCAUGGCGUCCGCAAUGAACAUGCUGGGUUCGGUGGACGCGAACUCAGGCUCUCCAGAUCUCGGCUGGGAUACGGACCAGUUCCCCAUGGACGUCAAGGCGGCCACUAUGGUCAUGAAGGCCAUUAUAGAGCAGGGUGGCCUGCAGCCGGGCGGUCUCAACUUCGACGCCAAGGUGCGGCGUGAGUCCACCGAGCCGCGCGACCUCUUCGUCGGUCACGUGGGCGCCAUGGACACGAUGGCUCGCGGCCUCAAGGCGGCCGCCCGCCUCAUCGCGGACGGCGCGCUGUCCCGCGCCGUCCAGCAGCGCUACAGCUCCUACAAGGCCGGCCUGGGCCUCAAGAUCGCCAACGGCUCGGCCACCCUGGAGGACUGCGAGGCGUACGUCAUGAAGCACGGCAACCCUGCGCCCGUCUCGGGCCGCCAAGAGCAGUAUGAGACCAUCUUCAACCACUACGUCCACGACAUGAAAUGAGUCGGCACCCGCGUGUUCCUGGGGACAGUUGGCCCAUGACCAGCACCGCACGGAAAACGCGAUCGUGAUAGACGCACCCAAACACGCGCACAAUGGCACCUGGCCCGUACACAAUAAAAGGCUUCACUGCAGAAAAGUGUUUAGGCAAUGGUGAAGUGCAGAAGGUUGUGUGAAUGAUAAAACAUAUGGUGUGAACAUGGUGUGAUUGAUCAUAAAUUAUCAUGGUAUCAUAUUUCAUGUCAGGUGUCA